AUGCCAGACUGGCGAUACAACGUGCUGUCGACGAGCGAGGCGUUUAUCGGGGAGGGAGGUCCACAACGCGACCCAUUCGCCGCCAGCUAUCCACGUCGUGCUGACCGCACCCGACCCCUGCAUACUUGCCCCUACACGACGAUCUUCCAUGGCGCGCGCUCCCACGUCCCGUAUCGUCUACCCCUCAGCGAUUCCGGAGAUCCCUACGCAGAUGCAUAUUCCGUAGACAGAUCUUCCAAUUUGACGGACACCUCGAGUUUCGCUCGUUACGAAGACUGUCGCUCUCCCGUAGAAAGCAUCCAAUCGCACCAAAACGAACGUAAUUACACUAGCGAGAGAUCGGAUGCCAACAUCGGAGUACAAAAAGUGUCAUACGCUUCUAAUGUGUUUUUUAUCUCGACUCAAACGGACGCACAGGAGAAAGAUGUAAAUGCCGCUAAUCUCUUCGUUGUGGACGGAUCUGAAUCGGAUGCUCUAUCUUCCUGUACCUGUGAUAGUUUUGAGCGAUGCGAGUUCGAUUGUAGAGACUUUGAACCGUUCUCUGACACCUGUUGCUGUGAUCCUCUCAGCGAUGGCGUGUGCAGCCGGAGUCCUAAACACGUGGACUCUCCUGAACAGUUCUGCGAAAGGAAUGUCGAAGAUGAUGGGGUGUCGGCGCGAAGUGAUAUGGACGGGUUGGAUUUAGCGCUGUUCGAACCGGCACAGACGGAUACUAAGGGAUGCGAGAAACAUUCUAAUGAACUUCAAACGCAAAACUCCGUUGCGGCGGCCCUGUGUGGGGUUUUGCAUGCUCUUCCAGAUGCCAACAAUGAUGUAGCGACCAGUGCCUCUAGUGGUGCAACUUUGGGGGUUCCGCCAUCUUGGGAACCCUUCUACUGUGUUUUGCAACAGGAUCGCAGAACACUCACUGCUUAUACCAGCGAAGAACUUGCUAACUCAAAUAAUAAUGGAGACUACACGACACGUAGUUUACCACGAGUACGGAUCGAUGGCGGAUCGCAGGCUGGCAACCCUGGAGUACGAUUAAGAUGCUGGGCUGCGCCACCUUCGAUAACAGAAGAAGAAGCUGAGGACGAAAUUGAGGAAGACGCUGUGUCAUUGCGUGCUCUUCCUGUACAAGGUAAUUUAUACUACUAG